ACAGAGCGGUGUCGACUCUCAAAGAUUCACUCGUUCGCUCGAUGAAUUCAACGGACGCGCACCUGUUCAAAACAAACGCACGGGUGAAUCGAUUCCCUCUCGGAAAUGACUCCCAACAGCAACUUCGUCUUGUGUAGUCCAGUUUGGAAAACAAGAAACGGGGCAGGAGGGAAGUAGUUUACUCCGAUUCGAGCGCUGAAAGUGUGUUCGCGUGAGAGUGUGGCGCUCCUGCAGCGCGGAUGUGUGCGAUCUGAGGCGAUCUUCGCGGCGCGGGAGUCAAAUCAAGGCUCAGGCCGCACUGAAGCAGGCCCAGAUACAACGCGAAGCCUACAGGCGUCGCCGCGUCGAGCGUCAAGGAAGAUGUCUCUGGAUGAGUACGAGCGGCACUACGCCUCUCUGAACUCCGAUAUGGGAUGUGAAUCAGUCGGAGGAAGAUCAUCAACAUCUGGAGCUUUCGUCGGAGAAGAGGAGAGACUGCACUACAUCCCCAUCCGGGUGCUGGGGAAGGGCUCUUUCGGAGAAGCGACGCUCUACAGACGCACUGAGGAUAACUCUCUGGUGGUGUGGAAGGAGAUCGAUCUGAACUGUCUGUCAGACAAGAAGCGCAGAGAUGUGAUGAACGAGAUCAGCAUCCUGUCCAUCCUGCAGCACAACAACAUCAUCGCCUACUUCAACCACUUCAUGGACAAGAACACACUGCUGAUCGAGCUGGAGUACUGCAACGGUGGAAACCUCUACGAGAAGAUCAACCAGCAGAAGGGAGUUCUGUUCAAACAGGAGGUGGUCGUGUGGUACUUGUAUCAGAUCGCCGCUGCUGUGGCUCACAUCCAUAAAGCUGGCGUCCUGCACAGGGACAUCAAAACGCUGAACAUCUUCCUCACCAAAACCAACCUGAUCAAGCUGGGGGAUUAUGGGCUGGCCAAGAAGCUGGACUCAGAGUAUGCCAUGGCUGAAACCUGUGUCGGUACGCCGUACUACAUGUCUCCUGAACUGUGUCAGGGAGUGAAGUACAACUUUAAAUCAGACAUCUGGGCCAUGGGCUGUGUCUUGUUUGAGCUGCUGACCCUCACCAGGACCUUUGAUGCCACCAAUCCUCUGAACCUGUGUGUGAAGAUCGUCCAGGGCAACUGGACCAUGGAGAUCAACUCGGAGGAUUAUACACCUGACCUGAUCAAGCUGGUGUACGAGUGUUUAGAUCAGGACCCAGAGAAACGGCCGACGGCGGAGCAGAUUCUAGAGCAGCCCGUCAUCUCUCUCGUGAGAGCAGAGCUGGAGGAGAGGGUGGCGACGCUUAAUUCAACCAUCAAGAAACCCAGGUUGAGCACGGCGACAGACACAGCGGUGGCGGUGGUGACGACGCGCUCGAGGGAGGUGUAUUUCUGGGGUGGAGGGAAGUUCACUCCUCAGAAGCUGGACAUGUUUAAGGGCGGCAGCAGCGCUCAGCACGUCUGCGCUGGAGAGACACACUUCGCUGUAGUGACCGUCGAGAAGGAGCUGUACACUUGGGCCAGCGUUCAGGGAGGAGCCAAGAUGGUGGGUCAGCUGGGUCACGGAGACCAGGCCUCGUACCGUCAGCCGCGGAGAGUGGAGCGUCUGCAGGGCAAAGCAAUCCGACAGGUGUCCUGCGGAGCUGACUUCACCGCCUGCGUCACCGACGAGGAUCAGAUGUACAUGUUCGGCUCUGAUUACUACGGUUGUGUGGGUGUGGAAAACGAGCUGGGCAUGGAGGUGCUGGAGCCGGUGCUGCUGGACUUCUUCCAGGAGCGUCCAGUGCGUCAGGUGUCCUGCGGGGACAAUCAUGUGGUGGCACUGACCCGCAGUGGGGACAUCUACUCCUGGGGCUGCGGAGAGCAUGGUCGACUCGGGCUGGACUGUGAGGACGAUUUCUCCUCUCCAAUGCAAGUGGAGGUUCCUAAAGGUGCCACCAUUGACUCUGUGUACUGCGGCAGCGACAGCACCUUCUUCCUCACCGAGUCUGGAAAGGUCUUAGCCUGCGGGAACAAUGAGCUCAAUAAGCUGGGUCUGAAUCAAGGCUUCUCUGGAAUCAAAAACCUCACGGGGGAAGGUUAUCAGGGGAUCCCGUACACCACCACCCUCACGCUGGUCAAGCAGCUCUCGCGCUUCAAGAUCCAGUUCAUCGCUCCGGGAAAGACACACACGGCUGCUAUAGACGAGCGCGGCCGUCUGAUGACCUUCGGCUGUAAUAAGUUCGGGCAGCUAGGAGUGAAGGACUUCAAGAAGCACCAGGGUGUGCAGAUCCUCGUGGGGCCCUUCGGAGGGAAGUUCGUCACCAAGGUGUCGUGUGGAGACGGAUUCACUAUCGCUGCCACCGAGGAUAAUCAGAUCUUCGCGUGGGGGAACGCAGGGAACGGCCGUCUGGGGAUGCCUCCUGAUAAAGGCUUCGGCUCCGAGGUGUGUCCCGCUCUUCCUCGGCCCAUCUUUGGCUCGCUGCACCACGUGCCGGAUCUGUCCUGCAGGGGCUGGCACACCAUCCUCAUCAUGGAAAAAGUCCUGAACUCCAAAACCAUCCGUUCGAACAGCAGCGGACUGUCUAUUGCAAGUGGUCAGGGCUCGACGUCCACCGUGGAUCUGGAGACGGACUCGGCCACAGACUCGGAGCUGCGUGAGGGCAUGCUGGGACGGACCGUGGAGGCCGAUAUGGACGACAGAGGGCUAAUCUUCUCCUUGGACAGCAAGACCAACGAGAGCUCCUGCCCCUCAUGGCUGCAGAAGGAGCUGCUGGACGCCGAGUUCAUCCCGAUGCCGCAGGAUUCCCAGGACUCCAUCGAGCCGCUGACCAAGCCCUACAGUGAGAGCGCCACGCUGCCCUACGAGGAGCUGGACCAGAUCAAGGCCACGGGAAAGAGUCUGAUGCCGGCUGCGUGUGUGGAUUACGAGCGGAUGAACGGCGUGGAGACGGGUCACUCUGAGCAGAGCUGCUGUGGGGCGAGCGUGGAGCUAACACAACUCAGAGAAACAGUGAACCGACAGGAAGCCCAGAUUCAGCUGUUACAGAAACAGUUCAACGAUCAGCAGAAGGAGAACGAGAGACUGUGGAGAGCCAUUGAGCGCCUCAGAGCAGACGCUGGACUCCAGGACAUCAGUCAAACCCAUGGUCCUGCCCUUCAGGAGUGAGAGAUCAGUCAACCCUGUUACCAGUGCGUACGGUGUGUUCAGUGCUCAGUCCAGACAGAUUCAGGGGGUUUCCUUCGAAUCAUUAGUGCCUUUUCAAAGUCAUAACCAAAGACUGUGUGAGUUCUCUUAAUGCUGCUAUUGUCAAGCCAAAGCGCUCCGUAUCUUUUAGUGUGUGACGCUGAAGUGUGAGUGUUUUAUCUGGGAACAGCACUGAAAAACAGCAGUUUAAUCAGGAGACAAUCCCUCCAGAGUGAAUGUAAGAAAAGUGUCAUAAACAGUUUUCAGUCCACAUGGGUUUUAUGCUUUCAUGUUUAACAUUCAACACCAAUUUUUUUUUUUUUUUUACAAAUUGAGCUGAAAAGUGCCUCUAUGUUAGUUUUCUCCAGAGUAUCAGUGUUAAUGUCAUUUGUACAGUAUAGUGUUCUGCGGUUGCGGUCUGUUAUUCUCACAGGUUUUGUCUUUCCUAUGCAAGCAGGUCUGGUGCGUUUCAAACACAGAUUCUUCUGAACACACUUUAAAGCAGUUUGAUGUAUGAAUGUGAAGCUAUAGUUUGGUUUAUCUGCAUCAUUGGACGGGACACAGACGUUGCAUGUCUGGUUUCUUCUGUACGAUGUCUGCUGACUUGCCGAGAUGUAAACUAAAGUCCAUGUGUCAAGUGAAAGCUUUGGAGUAUUUCACAUUUAAAUGUGAGUGUAUUGUGCAAACACACAAUGUGUCAAAACUACUGAAAUUCUUGCAUUUUCAUUUCUUUAGCAUUCUUUUGAGUAUGUUGCCAAAUAUUGGGGAACGACACCAAGUUUAUGCAACUAUUAUUUGGAGCAAAGGUAAGACGCAGCACUUACACGUCGAGUCUCGGAGACCGAUGGCUUUGGGUCAGAGAAACUGCAGUCAGACUCUGUAUUGCAUUGCAUUGACUUUUGCAUGUUUUUAAAGCUAAUGCAACCAGAUUUGUUUUUGUUUGUGUCUUUUAUUCAGUUAUUCUCCAUUUUCUACACUCUGAAAUUGAAAUUGAGACUUGCUUUUGAGAUGUCUUUGUGCUUCAUACACCCAUAUCAGACAAUGACUGAUGCACAUUUUUAAUAAAUAAAAAAAAGGGUGAGGCUAAAUGUCA